CAAGAGGGCGUCCACUUUAGGUGGGGUUCCAGCGAUAAUGUGCUAAAGAAUUCAAAGAUUCACCUGACAGGCCGUGGAACGAAAAAGGAUCAAGGUUUUGGCGAAGGUGUAACAAAUAAUGUUAAUAAUUGGCAAGGUGGAAAACCGGAUAAAAGUGACCGCAAUCAAGUGCUUAACAAUCAUAUCGGACCCGAUGUGGCCGCAGAGUGUAUUGAUGUUAAGGAGGGCUCGUGUUGUGGUGUGAUCAAGGGCAAUUAUCUAGAUGGCCAUGGUGAGACUGGCGAGAAUUAUUCCGAGAGUUGGAUUAAUGUGAAAGGAGAUAGCUAUGAUAUCCAGGACAACACUGGCACCAGUCCUAAAUUAAAUGGGUUUGAGAUUCAUCGUAUUGCCAAAGCAGGCAUAGGUGGCUGUCAUAAUACCAUCAUGAAUAACAAGUGCAAUGGCAUACCGGCCGGCGGUCACUGUACUGUUAGUACUAUGAAAAACUGCGGCAAUAUAGUCCAGGGCAGUUGUUUGAGGGCACCGGUGCUCAUAACGAGAUACCGAUAUGUAAACAUUAAUUCAACCAAAACAUACACAAUGCAUUUGACGGCAAUCGCGUUCGCAGUGCUAAGCCUGGGACUGUCGGUCCAGUCGCUAACCCACGAGGUAACCAAUGCGGGCCAACUCACAUCGGCCCUGAACUCGGCCAACGCGGGCGACACAAUACAUCUGCACGACGGCCACUAUAGCGGCCACUUUCAGACCAGCCGUAGCGGCUCCGGGAGCGCAGCCAUUACACUGACGGGUGGCAAAGGGGCUGUACUGACCGGCGGUGGUAACUACGGGUUUCACCUGAAGGGUAGCCAUUGGGUGCUGACCGGGUUUACAGUGUCUGAUUCGCAGAAGGGUAUUGUGUUGGAGGGCGCCUCACAUAAUGUCAUUGAUAACGUCGAGGUGAAAAAUAUUAAACAAGAGGGCGUGCAUUUCAGGUAUGGUUCCAGCGAUAAUGUGUUGAAGAAUUCAAAGAUCCACCUGACAGGUCGUGGAACCAAAAAGGAUCAAGGUUUUGGUGAAGGUGUUUACAUUGGUCAGGCUGUUAAUAAUUGGCAAGGUGGACAACCAGACAAAAGUGACCGCAAUCAAGUGCUCAAUAACCAUAUCGGACCCGAUGUGGCCGCAGAGUGUAUUGAUAUUAAGGAGGGCUCGUGUUGUGGUGUGAUCAAGGGCAAUUAUCUAGAUGGCCAUGGUGAGACUGGCGAGAAUUAUUCCGAGAGCUGGGUUACUGUGAAGGGAGAUUACUACGAUAUCCAGGACAACACUGGCACCAGCCCUAAAUUAAAUGGAUUUGACAUUUACCGUAUUGCCAAAGCAGGCAUAGGUGGCUGUCAUAAUACCAUCAUAAAUAACAAGUGCAAUGGCAUACCGGCCGGCGGUCACUGUACUGUUAAUACUAUGAAAAACUGCGGCAAUAAAGUACAGGGUUAA